AAGUUCAAACCGUAUAUCGUAGGCAACUAGCACACUCGUUAAUUAGAUCCUUUUAACUUAAAAAAAAAAAAAAAAAUAUCACAAUCCUCCCUCAAAUUCUAUAAUAGACAUCAACCACCUGCGUGUUGGUUGGCAAACUAACUUUUAACAGCACAAGAGAAAAGUAGGCGAUGCAAUCGAAGUACACUAACAACAAAACCCAAAAUCUUGUGGUCACAAAAUAAAUCCAAAUAGCUUAACAAAAAAAAAAAAAAAAACAUAAAAGAAGAAUGUUAUUUGUUGUUGCUGCUUCUAACUUUCUUAGAGUUCUAACCUGUAAACACUCCUACAUUGCUUUCUUCCCUCAAUUUCUCCGCCCAAAUUUCUUCUUCCUAUAAAAAUUCAUCAAACACCCAAAUUUUCUCUCUCCUCCAUCUUUCUACCAGUACCAAUUUUCAAUGGCUGCUAGCAUUCAGUCUUUAGGUGCUCCAUCGUCUUUCUCUGCUGUCAAUUCAAUCGAUUCCAAAAAAUUGAAUGGAAGGAAAGUUGGGUUUGUGGUGGUAAGAUCUGACCUCAAUGCUAAACGUGGUUCGAUGCCGGGCCGUUGCCGGACUGCGAAAUUGGUUUCUCAGGCUGUUUCUACACCAGCAGCUCCUACCGCGCCUUCAAAAACCGGGCACGAGGUCUUGCUCUUUGAAGCACUUCGUGAAGGUCUUGAUGAGGAAAUGGAAAGGGAUGCUCGCGUAUGUGUCAUGGGUGAAGAUGUGGGUCACUAUGGUGGAUCUUACAAGGUUACUAAAGGACUGGCCCCAAAAUAUGGAGAUCUUAGAGUUCUUGACACCCCAAUCGCUGAAAAUUCCUUCACGGGAAUGGGCAUUGGAGCUGCUAUGACUGGCUUAAGGCCUGUUAUUGAGGGAAUGAAUAUGGGAUUCCUUUUAUUGGCAUUCAACCAAAUCUCGAACAACUGUGGCAUGCUGCAUUACACUUCUGGCGGCCAAUUUACCAUUCCUGUGGUCAUUCGUGGCCCUGGUGGUGUUGGACGGCAGCUUGGGGCUGAGCAUUCACAACGUCUUGAGUCUUACUUCCAGUCAAUUCCUGGUAUCCAAAUGGUUGCAUGCUCCACCCCUUACAAUGCUAAAGGACUGAUGAAAGCCGCGAUUAGGAGUGAGAACCCUGUUAUUCUUUUUGAGCAUGUUCUGCUUUACAACCUUAAGGAGAGGAUUCCUGAUGAAGAAUAUGUUCUAUCAUUGGAAGAAGCGGAGAUGGUAAGACCUGGGGAACAUAUAACAAUCUUGACCUAUUCCCGUAUGAGGUACCAUGUGAUGCAGGCGGCGAAGACACUGGUCAACAAAGGGUAUGACCCUGAGGUGAUCGAUAUCCGCUCAUUAAAGCCCUUUGAUUUGCACACAAUUGGAAACUCCAUUAAGAAGACCCAUAGAGUGCUGAUUGUCGAAGAGUGCAUGAGAACAGGUGGUAUUGGUGCUAGUCUGACAGCUGCUAUUAACGAAAACUUCAAUGAUUAUUUGGAUGCCCCGGUCGUAUGUUUAUCAUCUCAAGAUGUACCUACUCCCUAUGCUGGGACUUUGGAAGAAUGGACUGUGGUUCAACCUGCUCAAAUUGUUACUGCAGUCGAGCAGCUGUGCAGGUAGGGAAUGAUUCAGUGGAGCUUUCUAUUCUUUAUUUACCCCCUCCCCUCCCCUCAUAUCUAUUUUUAUAUUUUAAGCAAUUGGAUUCUUAUGUAUUUUAGUAGCUAGCAAAUUCUUGUCUUGUAUAUUUCUGAUAUAAGUUAGUUGAGCCCUGUUGCUCCUAGAUUUCCUUAGCAACUUUGUUGUUUGCCAGUGAAGAACUUCUUCUUACAGCGUUUGCUGUUGGAAUUAUUGGAGUUUCUAUUAUAGUUGAAAUUGUUCUUGAAGAUUAAAUUUGUAGGAAUUUAUUGUCUACAAGGGGACAAAAUUGGUUUGUUUUCA